AUGAAGACUGAAUGGCACAGAUAUAACUUGAAGCGAAGGGUCUCUGGACUUCCACUGAUUUCAUCUGACAUCUUUGCUGAGAAGGUCCUCGCCUCUCAAAGCACUAGAAGUGAUUCCAGAGAAGAGGACGAAUUUGGCUUCCAUGUCAACCACAGAAGAAAAUCAGGGAAGGGCGAGAGACAGAUUACUAAGAAAGAAUUGAAGCAGAUGGCAAGAGCAGAAAGAGGCAGAGAACUCGAUUUUCCUGAGACAAUAGUGGAAAGAGGCACUAGUCCUGCUCCAUCGUUUGAUUCUACGUUCUCAUUGGGUGAAUCAGAGCACUUUUUGUCGGAAGGAGAUUUCGACACCGGCUCUGAGUUGAACUACUCCGAGCCAGAAGGCACAUACUCUGGAAGAGAUUCUGAUACCGAGGAGCUGUAUGUAAGUGGUUCUGAAUCAGAGCCCGAGGACGAUCUCGACGAAUUACCAAACUACUAUUGCUUCUACUGCGGUAAGAACAAUGCCCUGGUGGAGAAUAACUUGAGGCACAUGCUGAGUAAGCACGGCCUUUAUAUCCCCGAAAGAACAUUUUUGAGUGACCUUGAUGGUUUGCUCACAUUCCUUAACGAAGUUAUCUACAUUGACAACGAAUGCCUCACAUGUGGCUUUGAAGGCAAGUCUCUUGAGAGUAUAAGACAGCAUAUGAUAUCCAAGGGACAUUGCCGUAUGCCUUACGAGACCAAAGGCGAAAAAGCCGUCUUCGACGAAUUUUAUGACUUUUCUUUGGCAUCGGAGCUGCCAACUGCUCCCACCACAUCGAAGAGGGUGGCUUUUUCGGAGAACGAAGACCACUUCGAGAUUGAGGACUUGCCAAAUUACACAGCAGAUUCACGCGAGCUUACACUCCCAUCGGGCUCCCGUGUGCUUCACAGAGACGUCAGACAGCCUCGUCUGUCCACGAGUUUGGUUGUUCGGGAUGCUCCAGAACUGACAAAGACCGUUGCUUUAGUCGACAGAAGGUUUGCGCCUGGCAUAACACUGAAGGAGGUCACGAAACAGGAGAAGGCUGUCAGACGUAUGGAGCUCAAGAGCAGGAAUACACAGGAGAGAAGACGUAAGAAGGUCAAUUACCAGGCUCACUUCAGAGACGAGCUUCUCCAGUAA